AUGGUUAGAACUACAGGUGGUCGUUCUGCAGAUGGUCUCGCCACACGUGUUCCAUCGAGUGGUCUCGCCACACGUGUUCCAUCGAGUGCAUCCUCUCGUAGACUGCGUACACGUGCUCAAGUUUAUCAGCCACCACCAUAUCAAACUAAUUCACGAUUAGUGAAGAAGACCAGGAGUAAGAGACAACACACCCGUAAAGGUUCAUACUCCAGUACUACCAUACAAGAGCUUCCAAGGGACUUGUUAGUAGAGGUGGUUGCAACUGUAGCCUCAAACUCCUUUAUCGACUUUAAUACCAUCAAAAUUUGUUGCAGAGAUUUUCUUGACGCUACUGAAGAUAACUAUGUUUGGCAUAGAGUUUCUUUGGACAAUUUUCCGUUAAUCCAGUGGCGUCCGAAUGAUAAAGUAUCAUCAUUCCUGGCCCGCUGCAGGGAAUGUGGGAACAUGGAGAGCUUGUAUAGAGAAGGACUGCAAAAAUAUUUUGGUUAUCCAGAUGGAAAGAUGGAUGGUCUUGAGAUCUUAAAGGCAACUGCUCAAAAGGGUCACAAAGAAGCAAAGUAUGUAUGUGGUGUGAUUUUAUUAUGCUCUGACGAUGAUAAAAUGAGAAAACAAGGACUUGACUAUAUGCGCAUUCUGAGGAAGUUCAAGUGUGUUAUUGAAUCAAGAAACAAAGUGAAAAAGCUAUUGAACUUUUUGUGGAAGAGAAAUGGAAUGAAUGGACAGAAUCAGAGCCCUCUGUGUAACUCUAAGAGUACAUGCAAAGGAUGGAGAGUGAAGAACGGUCUAUGGGAAUUACUAGAUGAUGACGAUGAUGAUUAUGACAUUAGCUUAUGUGAAUAUUGUAGAUGGGACCAUGAGUUAAAGUUUUUUUAUAAGUAG